ACGCUGUUUAUGGGAUCCUCUAACACAGAAGUACAACGCCCAUAGCAGCUUAACAAGUUUUAGAUACGUUUAAAGUAGCUGUCAAUGAAAUGAGAAACAGUAUACUUGUUCCAUCAACAAGACAGACAACAGAGAAACACGCUUCUAAGAGACGCAAACAGAACAACACCAACGAAAUUGCUGCAAAGCAGGCCUGUGAACGCUCGCUAUGAUACUCUACUCAAUUUGAACUUAAAGAUCAGCAAAAGGAAAGUCUCCAUCUUGACCAACGAAGACGUUUUUGCGUCCUCCAUCAUCCAGAGUAAUACUUAUGUCUCCACAAAGGAUGCUCUAAAUUCAUUUGAUUCGUGGCUGGAAACAGAAGGCUCCCUCAGUACACUGAACUACGACCUGGCACUGCUUUGGACAGGAUAUGAUCUUUUCAGCACAGGGACUGAGACUGCAGGAUUCGCCUAUGUCGGAACAGUUUGUAACGGCGUGCAGGCCAUCUCAGUGGUAGAAUAUGACGGCACCUACUCCACGGUCAUCAACACUGCGCACGAGAUCGCUCACAAUCUCGGAGCUUCCCAUGACAGUGGGUCUACUGGAUACAUCAUGGCACCCUCCUCAUCACCGUCUUCAAACAACCGCUGGUCGUUCUCGUUGUGUUCUUCCAGUGACAUCACUGGGGUGAUUACGCAAAUAACAACAGAAAUUUUUAUGACAAUGCCGCACCCAAAGGAGACAAUGUGUGCAAGUCCUUCUAUUGCUACCUUAGUGGAAACACGUGUGGUACCGUCAUGUCUACUGAUGGUAUGGUUUGUGGUUCUGGCAAGACAUGUAAAGAGGGAACGUGUCAGGACGACCCUGCUUCCACAACCAGCGACUUGAAUGAUAACUGCCUGUACGGAGACCAAAGGCGGGUCACAUUUGGUGGGAGCUCACAAACUUGUAGCCAGUUCCUUGACAGUACUUACGAUCAUUACUGCCAAUCCUCAGAAACAGUCCGUCAACUUUGCUGUGGGACCUGCACAGAACGAUACUCAGGAAAACCUGAUUGCCCUUACGGAGACAAGUCGAUGAGCUGUGCUCUUUACUCAGCUAACGAAAUCUGUGGGCACGCACCAAAUGCCGCAAUCUGUUGCAAGACCUGCCAAGGUUACAGCGGACGUAAACGCCGGUCAGCAAAUCUCAUGACACCAGUCAUACUCAGUGCAGAUGCCCCACCUGUACAAGAUGGAGCCAAUAAAAAGUCACAGGAAGAUCAGGAAAACGAGAAAAAAAUACUAUCCCACGUGCCCCAAGCAAUGGCUUGAUAAUGUUCAUAUCAGAACAUUGAACACACUUCUUUAGGACCUAUUUCAGGUUCAGUUAUAAACUGACAGCUUGUCCAUCCUCUUUGUAACAAGAAUACUUCUUUGUAAAAGAAGAUAAAGGUGAGGAGACCAAAAAAUACCACUGGAAAAGAAAAAUAAAGAAGCAAUAAUGCAUACAUUAG